GAGGGAGGAAGGAAGAGUGGCUGCGGCUGGAAGUCAGUCGGAGAAGAUACCCUGGGCCCUAGGGAGAGGGAGACGAAACGGCGCUUUAGCUUUCUUCACAUGGGGCUCAGCUGAAACAAAACGUCCCCUCCGUCCUGAUCGUAAACACUGCCUUGAAGGAGUAAGGCUGGAGCUACCGAGAAGCUGCCGACAACAGCCUCGACGGCCCUGAUAACGGGACAGAACUUGUCGCUUCUUAUCUCGGAUGGUUUAAAGAUAAAAGAUCUGCGAUAUUGAGAACUGGUCUACCAGUCAUGAAACGAAUUCUUCUGUUUUUUAUCCUGGCUGCUGCUGUUAUGUAUGGCAUACUUCAUGGAAAUCUGUGGAGAAAUAACCUCUACUGGAUUAGCUUUUAUGGACAGACUUCCUCUGUGAGGGCUUCUCCUUCCUAUGAGACUAGUGGAGUUACCCAGCUGCCACCUACGGCUGUGGAGAGAAGGAAUGUGCUGGACACUUGUCUCUUGAAACCAGCAUUUGAGUCUCUUCUGGGUGUUGAGAAAAUAUACCCAUUCCUGUGCUCCAAUGAUUUUAUUAGAGUGGCAGAGUUCCAUGGGAGCGAUAAGUUUGAACUACCUUAUGGAAUAAAGAGAGCAGAGCAAUUUUUUCGUUUAGCCCUUUCAAGACUGCAGAACUGUGGACUUUCAAAUGAAGAUGACAGCAUUGCCUGUCGACGGUGUGUUGUGGUUGGUAAUGGAGGAGUGCUUCGAAAUAAGACAUUAGGGGAGAAAAUUGACUCCUAUGAUGUGAUAAUAAGAAUGAACAAUGGCCCUGUUAUAGGGUAUGAAGAGGAUGUUGGGAGGAGGACAACCUUCCGCCUUUCUUAUCCAGAAUCCAUCUUCUCAGAUCCGAUCCACUACGACCCUAAUACAACUGUGGUUCUCAUUGUCUUCAAACCCCGUGACUUGAAGUGGCUUUGGGAAAUACUAGGUGGUCAGAAAGUGAGUGCUAAGGGCUUUUGGAAGAAACCAGCUCUGAACAUGAUAUACAAAUCUAGUCAAAUCAGGAUUCUUGAUCCCAGCAUCACCAGAAAAACAGCUUAUGAAUGGCUUCGUUUCCCAACAAGGUUUCCCAAAAAGGAGAAACCAAAGCAUCCAACAACAGGGCUGAUUGCCAUUACACUGGCAUUUCACAUUUGCCAUGAAGUUCACCUGGCAGGCUUCAAAUAUGACUUCACGGACCGAAACAGUUCUUUGCACUACUAUGGCAAUGACACGAUGUCUCAGAUGAUGCAGAAUGAAUACCACAACAUCAAUGCUGAGCAGAAAUUUUUGAAGAAGCUUAUAGACAAGAACUUUGUGGUCAAUUUGACAUGAAAACUGAAUGGAAAAUAUGAAGAACAAUCACUAUUUUCAAGAUUUGAAAGAGAUUUAUUUUUUGUAUGACAUUUUUAUUUUUUAAGUGCAGCAUAACUGUUUACUGUUUAAAAGGAACGGAGGAGCCUCAUCAAGGCAGAAGCUUCUUCUAAGCCUGAGGGUAAUGGACUAUUGCAAACAGUUAACUGAAUUUCUGUGAAGCUACUUAAUAAUGGGAAAACCAUGAAACUUUCAGCUGAAAGUAUCAGGGAUAUAUAAAAAUGUGAUGCACAUCACUUAUUUAUCAGCAAGAACUCUUUCCAAGUGAUUACUUCUCUGGAAUACUUACAUUUCUGGUGUUGUCCCCAAAGAGUUACAGUGUCAAGAGACUGAGAGCAGUGUUUGAUUAGCAGAUGCAUGUAAAGCCUUGAAUGUCUGUCUUGUAGUAUGAAAUUGGCUUUAAAAUGAUGCCUAUAAAUCAUAACUUGGUGUUUAGAAGGGGGAACACACAGAGUACAUACAGGGUUUGGUCUGCCCUACUCUGUGGAAGGUACAUCCAUCUUCAGUAAAGAAGCCACAGCUGCUGCCCCGGCCAUCAGCUCUGAACUGCUACCUGCCUUUUCCAAAGGUGAAGACCUCUUGGGCUCAUUUGUGGAGAUAUUGGUGUUGAGUAAUGCUUGUGUUGUACCCAGUUUAAAACCAUCCUCCUCGUGUUGUAUGUCCAAUAAAUUUUACAGUUGGUAACUUGACUUAGAAAAGAGGGAGUGUGAAGACUGAAGAAUUGUCCCAACUACCCACGUGUCAGCCACUUCCCCCAGACUACAACAAAAAGGUGAGCUGAGACAGAGAUGCUCACACCUGAGUUUAAAUUUAGAGCCAAUGUUUUUGGAUUCUGAGUUCUCUAGGGCAGGAUCUUGUGUAUCUUUCUGUUCAGUCACCAAGAAUUGAGGUGUAUUUCUCCAAACCAGCGCCAUCUCCUUUCUCAGAUUGUGUAAUGAGUUUUAUCAUUUGGUUCCUGUUUACCUCUCAUGUCUUGACCUUUAGGUUUAAAGGAUGUAGCUGAAUGAAAGCAUUUAGUGGUGGGAACUUACUUGGGGUUUUAACUGAAACAUUUAAUGGGACACUUAUUUUCUGUAUUGGUUGAUCUCAGACAAGCUUGCUUGAAAUGAGGUAAAUCUGUCUGGGAACGUUCUUGACAACUGUUGCAGGACAACAAGUAGUAUGCUGUUCUAAUUCUCUCAGUAUACUUUUUUUUUUUUUUUUAACAUAUGGUAGGUUUGCUUGGAGAUCCUGUGGUUAUCUUGAUAAAGCACAAAGGAAUCCACUUAAAGUCUUUAAAAUUAAUGGAAAAACUUUUGCUGCUUUAUAAUAAAAAGAUACAGAGAGCUUUAAUAACAGUGCAAACAAUGAAAAUACAAAUCUAAACCACACACAGGUGAAAAGCACAAUAUUUGUGGUUUUCAGAAGCUGAAGGUUACAGGAAUACUGAACGCAAUUUCAUUGCUGCUGCUAGGGUGUAGAGGAAUGAGCAUCGUAGUGACCAGAGAGUCAUCUUUCUCUUUUCCUAUUUCUUCUGUGGGUUCUGAGCUGUAGUCCUUUGCAAGGAAAUUGGACAUAUCUGAAAUAAUUUGAUCCUAAAGAAAGCUGUGUCAGGAGCAGAGAGGGAUUUGGGCAUGUCCCCAGCAAGGGAAGGCUGUGCCCUGGGGCCCAUCUGAUGCAGGUGAUGCUGCAGGAGGUGGCCCCUUGUCCAGCUGUGUGGAGGGAAGGCAGGCAAGAGCCUGGGGGAAAGGGUGCCCUGGGGCACUGGAGCAGGUGACUGGGGGAAAUGGAGGAAAUCAGAAUUUCUUCACCUGGUGGCAGAAGGGCUCUUGCUUAGUUGCUCACAUUUUUUUUAAAAACAUGCCCAUUUCUGAGCCUUUGAGGAAGUCUUUGCUCAAAAAUCUUCCAUACAAACAGGUGGGGUUUUGCACCAGCAAAAACCAAUAUUACUGUCUUUAAUUCUACCAGCAUUUAUUUCUUGAUAUCAUUUCAGUUAAUUACAAACUUUUGGGGUUUGCAUGUGUCUCUGCACCUGCAGACCUGCAGUGAUUCAAACUGCUGACAGUAGCGAUGCCACAUGAAAAAUCUCUGAGGUAAGGCUUCUUGCAAGGCUUCAGUUGUCCAAGCACUCUUUGCUUACAGGUCCUUGGUAGAUCUCAGACUCUAAAGAGCAGAGCCACGCAGGAACACAGUGCUGCCUCUUCACCUUCCAAACCCGUGGUUGCUCCCAGAGCUGGGUCUCCCAGCUCUCUUACAGAAUUCUACCAGGGAUCCAGUUGAAUCCAUGUAAGGCCACACAGUACACUGACCAUGAGGAUUUUUUCCAGGAAAGCUGCUGAGUUUGCCUUCUCACAGCGUGAUGGGGUAGGCUGCUUCCCUCUGCUUCUCCACCUCGAUGGCAGCAGGUGGGUAGGGAGCUCUGCUUCUGAGGGUUUAUUUCCUAUUCAGUGAUAGUCUUCCCACUAAAGUGAACUGAUUCCUUCUCCUAAUUUUCCUAGGAGUUUUGUCCGUUUUGGGGGGGUUUUGUUCUGCUAUAGUUAAUCCCCUGAAUUAUGAAGAAGUCUUCAUGGCAAGCAAAUGAUGUGUCCCCCCCCCCCAACUCAAGAGGGUCCUUUAUUAUUUUUUUACUACAUAAACUUUUGUCUCCCUAAGAUUAUUUUUUAUAAUGUUUGAUAGUCUCAGUAUAUUUAAUAUGCUAUGAGCAUUUAUCUAUAUCAACUGCAACUGCUCCUUUUUAUUUCUUCUUAGUAAGCCUCCCCAUUUAUAUGUCUGACUGACUUUUGAAAUUAAGCAGUACUCCCAGGGAUAUUUUUCUCUCACUCUGUGCUCCUGCAAGGAUAUGGAUUCCAUGUAUGCCAAAGUUACAGUCCCAGGAUGUGUGACUAACUUUUAGAGCCAGACCUGUUCACUUGGGACUCAGCCAAGAGGCGAUUCUGUUGAUAAAAACUAGGAUACUAAUUUUGGGAGGGUUUCUUGAAAGUGCAGCUUGCAGGCCAGUAGCUUUUCAAUAAUGAGCAGUGAGCCAAGUGAUUUAUGCCCUUCCCCCCAUAUGUUUUGGUAGGAUUCUGUAUACACCAGCCCUGCUUCAUCACCUGCUUCACAUGGUCGGUUCUUCCAUUCUGAGGAAUGGGAUUGCUUUUACACUCAUGCAGGCGAGAGCACCUGUGUGUACCAUGUUUCUCAGUAGUGCCCACAGAUCAUAGUGUCUGUUCCACCCUGCCGUGCAUUUUUUGCAGGUGCUUUGCAAUACCAAAGACUUGUCUUAGACUUCUUGAAAAGAACGAUAAUACUAACUCCAAAUACAAAAUACCUUUUCUGAGAGUGAGCUGCUAUUAAGCUUUUAUUCUUCCAUUUUUUCCAUUCCUGAAAGUGAAAUAUCUACACUGAAACUUACCUUUAAAAAAUACCCAUUUUUUUUUUUUUAUCAGAGCAGCAAAGCUGCCAAUUUUGAAUCCCAGGGUGCUGCCAGCUUUUAUUUCCAUGUCCUAACAGUGUGUCUAUAUGGGUACCCAGUGUGUCUCCCUAAUUUUCUUCCUUUAUCAAUUGAAAAGUCAGAUUGUCUCAUCCCUUUUUCUUCUGUCCUGUUCUCCACCAGCCCCCUAAAUUUCAAGACAGCAGCAUCCGACAGCAAAGCUGCUCCUGUAUUUUAUCUGCCAGUCCCCUCAACAUGCUGUGCAGUCAGAAAGACCCCAGCUUGAAGGUACCUAGGUACACGCAAAAGAGGCAGGAUGGCAUGUGUCAGCUGGAAGCUCUGUUUGGCUCAGACUUUUAGGAGUUUUUCUUUCUUUUCUGUUGGGAAAGCAUUUUUUCCUCUGCUGUAAUAAUUAAGGGAAUAUGGAGAUACGACCUAAGAAGGAAGGUCACAAACUAUUGCACUAAAUACGAAUCUAAGAGUGCCUAAAAGAUGUUACUAAAUAGUAUUUCCAGUGACUGUAUUGCUGGUGUUAAUACAGAAUCAGAACUUUAGUGUUUAAUAAUUAGCGUGUGGUACUUCUUGUUUCCUAUGUCACGUUUUCCUUUUUAACAGUGUCCUGGGAGGUGGUAUAAAUACCUUAACUUCUAAGUGUAGUCUGAUUUUUAAGAUCAUACAAAGCUCAACAUCUGUUUUUGGUAUCAAUAAAUACUCAAUUUGACAUUUGUCUUAAGUUUUAUAUGCCUUUUAAGUGCCAGCUGUAUUGAAAUUUGAAUGCUACAAAUGGAAAGACAUUUUUUCCCCCUGUGAAUAAACUGUGUUAAAGACAAU